AUGUUGGAGAUGCAAGACCGCUUAGUAGACUCCACCUUGAUAGAUUUUGUCAACGACAUGAACCUGAUGGAGUGCAGUUUGGGACCAAAACAGCAGCAGGUGGAUAAUAAUAAUAACAAUAGUGAUGCAUCCAGUCCGAGCGCCUCUUCCUGCUGGAGCGACACCUCGGAGCAUCAUCUGGUGAUGCACGGCCAUCACCAUCACCAUCACAGCAGGAGGUCCAAGCGGAGGAGGAUCAUCACCGUGGUGCAGCGGCAGGCGGCAAAUGUGCGGGAGAGGAAGAGGAUGUUCAGCUUGAACGAGGCGUUUGAUGAGCUGAGGAGGAAAGUUCCCACGUUCGCCUACGAGAAGAGACUGUCCCGCAUCGACACGCUGCGUCUGGCCAUCGUCUACAUCUCCUUCAUGACGGACCUGCUGGAGAACACCUGA